GGCCGGCAUGGAGCUCGCGGAGGCAUUGCAGGGACCGGCGAGCGGCAGAGCGGCGGCCGUGGCAGCCCCGAUUCCCUCCAGCCGCCGCUCCCUGCUCCGCGUCCCCGGCCCCUAGACGCCUCUUCCCCACGCAUGUCCCUCUCCCUAUGGAUUCAUUUCAGACUGAACAGAUGCUGAGCUUGCCCGCCGAGCUCUGCAGCAACAACUUAGAGCUGGCGGAGCCGGCGGCAUCACCGGCCCGCGGAGACACGGGCCCCCACCCAGAGGCGGCUACAGAAGGCCCCGCACCUCUACCGACUCGGCCGCCGCCGCAGGAGCGUCCUCCGAGGGCCUCGACGCCGGAGUGCAAAGUCCUUCUCACGCAGGCCGACGCCCUGGCGUCUGGGGGGCGCCUCCGUGAAGCCCUCGAGGUGUACCGACAGCUCUCGGAGCGGCAGCAGCUGGUGGCCGAGCAGCUGGAGCAGCUGGUGCGCUGCCUGGCCGAGAAAGUCCCUCAAGGCGAGGAGCCGGCGCCGGAGCCCCCGGACGGGAGCCGCGGGGCGAGCUGCGCUCUGGCGGCGGAAGAGGCAGGGGCGGCGACGGCCGCCGAGGCCACCGAGGUGUGGGACGGCUUCAAGUGCCGGAAGUGCCAUGGAUUUCUCUCAGACCCCGUGUCCUUGUCCUGCGGACACACCUUUUGUAAACUGUGCCUGGAACGCGGGCGGGCAGCCGACCGGCGCUGUGCGCUGUGCGGGGUCAAACUCUCCGCUUUGAUGGUGGCCACCGGGCGGGCGCGCGGGGCCCGGCGAGCUGGGCAGCAGGCGCCGCCGCUGCGGGUCAACGUGGUGCUCAGCGGCCUCCUCGGGAAGUUGUUCCCGGGCCCGGCAAGGGCGUCGCAACUCCGGCACGAGGGCAACCGGCUGUACCGCGAGCGCCAGGUGGAGGCGGCGCUGCUCAAGUACAACGAGGCAGUUAGGCUGGCUCCAAAUGACCACUUGCUUUACAGCAACCGGUCUCAAAUCUAUUUCACCUUGGAGUCUCAUGAGGAUGCACUGCAUGAUGCAGAAAUAGCAUGUAAGCUCCGCCCCAUGGGGUUUAAGGCACACUUCAGAAAAGCGCAAGCCUUAGCCACCCUAGGCAAGGUGGAGGAAGCACUAAGGGAGUUUCUAUAUUGUGUGUCCCUCGAUGGAAAGAACAAAAGAGCAAGAGCUGAAGCCCAAAGGGAAACGCUGGAGCGCCCACAUUGUUCUGGUCAGGAGACGGCAGCAGCCGGGGGGCACAGAGGCAGCCCGGUGAACCUCGUGCCGGUGCAAGGGGACAGGCAGCAAGACGGCCCCGAAGACCAGGAUGGAGCGGAGGAGGAGGGGGCCGCUGCCUCUCCCCAGGCUGCCUCCAGCAAGACCGGCAAAUGCCAGGGGAAGAAAAGGAAGCGCGGCCAACUCGAGCCCCAAGACCCCGAGGUGCCUAGGAAAGCGUCUAAGGCAGAUCUUCCCGCUGCUCCGGGGGCCAAACCUGCUCUCAGUGUUCCACUCGCAUCUUUUGACGCCUCUGACCUUGAAUGCUCCCUCUGUAUGAGAUUAUUCUAUGAGCCAGUCACAACACCUUGUGGACACACCUUUUGCUUAAAAUGCCUUGAAAGAUGCCUAGAUCACAAUGCGAAGUGCCCACUGUGCAAAGAUGGUCUUUCACAGUGCUUGGCAUCAAGAAAAUACAGUAAAAAUGUCAUAAUGGAAGAGCUAAUAGCUAAAUUCCUUCCAGAAGAACUCAAGGAACGAAGAAGGCUUUAUGAAGAGGAAAUGGAAGAACUUUCUAACUUAAAUAAGAACGUGCCUAUUUUCGUGUGUACCAUGGCAUAUCCCACGGUUCCUUGUCCCCUGCACAUCUUUGAGCCUUGUUACCGUCUGAUGAUUCGUAGAUGCAUUGAGACAGGCACACGACAGUUUGGCAUGUGCCUUGGAGAUCCUGUCAAAAGGUUUGCGGAAUAUGGCUGCAUCCUAGAGAUCAGAAAUGUUCAGUUCUUUGCUGACGGCCGCUCAGUGGUCGACAGCAUAGGCAAGAGACGCUUCAAGGUCCUCCAUCAGGGCCAGCGGGAUGGUUACAACACAGCUGACAUCGAAUACAUUGAAGACCAAAAGGUUCAAGGAGAGGAUUGUGCUGAGCUCAUGGGAUUACAUAACUGUGUCUAUGAGCAAGCGUCAUCAUGGUUUCAUUCACUCAAAUCAUCUCUGAAGAAUCGGAUACUCAAUCAUUUUGGUCCAAUGCCAGAGAAAGAUGCUGAUCCCCAGAUCAACCCCAAUGGCCCAGCCUGGUGCUGGUGGACAUUAGCGGUUCUUCCAUUGGAAAGCCGAGCUCAGCUCCCGUUCCUAGCCAUGAGGUCCCUAAAGGAUAGACUGAACGAGCCCACACCCUUAACCAGUAUUAUGAGCUGCCCACCAUGCGGUGCUACGGACCCAGGAGAACAACUCAGCUGGUGGAUACUCGGUUGGGGAACCUGCAGUAAGGGGGACAGCAAAAGAGCAGCUCCCAUUUACCGAAUGUGAACAAUGUGCUGGGUGCUGUGCUUCACAUUAUCUUGUUUGGUCCUGAGGUAGGUGCUGUUAUCACCCAUCAUUUACAGAGGAGGAUGCUGCGGUUCGGAAAAAUAAAGCAACUCGUUGAAGGCCACGCAGCUGGGAGGCAGGGAGGCUGGGCUUGGGAUCCAGGCUGUCUCACUCCACAGUUGUUAGACUGCGUCUCAUGAAGCCCACCGCUCUCACUUCUCGGGCCUUGGGUUUGCUGUAUUCCCACCACUGCCUCCCCACCCCCACCAACAGACAUUUAUCUACCUUAACAGGAAGACCAGAAGCAAGAGAUUUCAAGGUUGGUUCAUAGGUCCAAUAAUCCCAUCAAGUGCCUGGUCCACUUCCAUCUCUCCUGAAUGUUUUUAAAGCCUCAUUAUUAAUGAAACAGCUUCACAAAGAAAAGAAGGCUGUCUACCUAAUCCUUCCCACUGGGGGCCAGAUGCCUGAAGCAGGGGGUUUGUUGGCCAUCAGCAAUACAGGACUAUAAAUCCACAGAUGAAGGGAUUUUUUAAGUAGAAUAAGGUACUUUGAAUUCUCCCUAGAACAGAUUGCAACAUCUUACUGGUUCCCUCAUUAAUUAUGAAUUAAAUAAAAUCUUU